AUGUCGGGCGACUCUGACAUUGAGGCGACACCCGCUGCGGUGGCGCCUGCGACAAACACCGAGAAGAACGCUGUGGUUGUGGAUGAUCUCGAAAAGACGCACAAUGAUGCGGUCCCCAGCAAGGACGCCCAGCUCGGUGUCCAGAAGAUCGAGGCCGUCACUCUGUCUUGGUCCAAAGGAUGGCUGAUCGCCCUGCUCAUCAACAUCUGGCUCAUCUUCCUCGUCAACGGCUUUCGCGGCGCCGUCCUCAUCAGCCUCACGCCCUACGUCACGUCCGACUUCCAGGCGCACUCCCUGCUCACCGUGAUCGGCAUCGUGUCGAGCGCCAUCUCGGCCGCCGUCUACAUCCCCAUGGCCAAGCUGCUCGACGUGUGGGGCCGCGCCGAGGGCUUCCUCCUCAUGGUCGUGUCCGCCACCCUGGGCGUCGUCCUCAUGGCCGCGUCCGACAACCUGGCGACCUUUUGCGCCGCCCAGGUCUUCUAUUCCAUCGGCUUCUCGGGUAUCAUUUACGUCGUGGCCGUCAUGGCGGCGGACCUGACCACCCUAAGGAACCGAGGCAUCGCCUUUGCCUUCACGUCGUCUCCCUACAUGAUCACGGCCUUUGCCGGGUCCAAGGCGGCCGAGGGGUAUCUGCAGGAUGUGAGCUGGCAAUGGGGCUUUGGGUCGUUUGCCAUCAUCGUGCCUUUUGUCUGCAUGCCGCUGUUUGUGAUGCUCGUUCUCAACCUUCGGAAAGCAGAGCGACAGGGCCGGUUUGUGCGAGAGAAGUCAACCAUUCCCCUGCUGCAACGUUUCUGGCAGGGCCUCAAGGACUUUGACGUGCCUGGCGUCAUUCUCUUUGGCGCGGGUCUCACCAUCUUCCUCCUCCCGUUCACGCUGGCGACCUCAGCACCCAAGGGGUGGGAGCAGGACUACAUCAUCGCCAUGAUUGUCGUUGGCUUUGUCCUUCUCGUGUCCUUCGGGCUGUACGAGGUGUACCUCGCUCCCGCGCCCUUUAUGAGAGGCAAAUUCCUGCUCGAUCGAACGGUCAUUGGCGCCUGUCUCUUUGACGCCAUCUACCAGGUUUCGUACUACUGCUGGAACAGCUACUUCACGUCCUUCCUGCAGGUCGUGAGCAACCUCAGCGUGGCGGAGGCUGGGUACGUGAACAGCACGUUCCAGGUGGUCUCAGGUGUGCUGCUCUUCAUCGUGGGCUACGGCGUCCGCCGGACAGGCCGCUUCAAGUGGCUGUUUUACGUGACGACGCCGCUGUACAUGCUCGGGCUGGGCCUCAUGAUCUACUUUCGUCGUCCGAACCAGCACAUUGGCUAUAUUGUCAUGUGUGAGAUCUUCAUCUCCAUGGGCGGGAGUGUCUUCAUCCUGCUCGUGCAGCUCGCGGUGCUCGCCUCGGUGGACCACCAGCACAUUGCCGCCGUGCUCGCCAUGCUGUACGUGUCCGGGUCGAUGGGCGGGGCCAUCGGCCGCACGGUGUCGGGCACGAUCUGGACGAACACGUUCUACAAGGCCUUGCUGCGCAAAGUGCCCGAGUCCGCGCUGCCUAACGUCGUGGAGAUUUACACCAAUCUGGGGGCGCAGCUGUCCUACGCGGUCGGGACCCCGGAGCGCGUGGCGAUCCAGGAGGCGUAUGGGUAUGCACAGGCCAGGAUGCUCGCGGCUGGACUGGGCGUGUCUGUGCUGAUGGUCGCGUGCAUCUUUAUGAUUAAGAACAUCAAGUUCUCGAAGGAUACCAUGCAGACAAAGGGUGUCGUGUUCUAG